UUUAAUUUUAAAUCGAGUUACGAGCAUUUUAAAAUUUUAAUAUUUUACUAACUUGCAAGGCCCGUUUUAUAGCCCCGUAUACCGUACGCGUGACAGUGAAACGGGCUUUAUCACUUGCUUUAAAAUUAAAUUAUUAAAAAAAACUGUUAAGAGAACACAGAUAUUCUUACCUUAACAUUUUUAAUAAGUCAAUUUACUGUAAUAUUAAGACUUACAACACAAAAUGGUUUCUUCGAAAUGCAAAUUUGCUUUGUACUACGUUUGUAAGAUAUUCAAACAACACAUGCUGAUAUCAAGUGUUUUUAAUUUGAAUAAUUUUUUUAAUAACGUAUAAAGCUUGAUACAAUAAAAAAAUUUUCGAAUUAAGUUCGUCGUUUGGAAAAGCAAAAUGUUAAGAAAACUGAUAAACCGCGCUGUAUUAAUGUUGCUGUUGUUGGACUUUCUGGCGCAGAGAAAGAAAAAGGAGCAGUGGGAAUUGGGAAAUCAUGCCUUUGUAAUAGAUUUAUGAGAUCAUCAUCUAAUGACUUCGAAGAUGAUCAUAAUUCUUUACUAAGCAAUUCUGAUUUUAGUGGACGAGUUGUUAAUAAUGAUAAUUUUUUAUACUGGGGAGAAGUUAUGAAAACAUCUGAAGAAGGUACUGAAUACACAUUUCGUGUAAUUGAACAAACUGAAUUUUUAGAUGAUUCAACAUUUCAACCGUUUAAUGGAGUUAAAAUGGACCCAUACAUCAAACGUUGCGUGGCCACUAAAAUUGAAUCAGCUGAAAAAUUAAUGUACAUUUGUAGAAGCCAAUUAGGCAUUGAAGAAAAAUUUGAACAAAAAGUGUUACCUCCCGGUAAAUUCAAUGUUGAUGGUUUUUUAUGCGUGUUUGAUGUCAGUGAAGUUCCUGGUCGUAGUAUAGAAAAACAAUUAGAAACUGUGACUACUAUAUUAAAAAAUAUAAAGGAUACAAAAAAACCUGUGGUAUUAGUAACUACCAAAAAUGAUAAAUUAAAUGAAGCAUAUGUUCAAGAAGUUCAAAAACUUGUAUCUCGUAACGAAUUUAAGAAAGCUAUACCAAUCGUUGAAACAUCUGCUUAUCUGAAUGUUAAUGUUGAUGCCGCUUUUAUUGCUCUAGCUCAUAUUAUUGAUAGAUUUAAAGGCCGUACAAAAAUAGUUCCUUAUUUGGAAUCUAUUAAAAACUACUAUUGAUGCAAACCAGACGUUGGUGCAAUUACAAGUAAAUACAGAAAUGUUUAUCAUUUUCUAUUAACGUAGUACCUAACUACGAAUAACAUUUUUUUUUACUUAUCUCUUAAGGCAUGUAUAAAUUGUAA